CUUCUUGUCUCGGUAUUCAUCUGUGUCUGGAAUGACACUAUUCCUCCCUCUGGAGGAUUCUGCGUCUAUACCAGCCGUUCCGUCGUUUCUUACGGAAUCUUGGGAUCCUAGAACGCAACUUGCGAAUGCAGUAAAAGCAAUUUUGAAGGCCAGGCGGAUAAUAGUUAUUAGUGGCGCAGGGAUUUCUGUACAGGCAGGAAUUCCCGAUUUUCGCUCUCCCGGCGGGUUAUUCCAGUCUUUGAAACGAGAUCAUCCACGGGACUCAAUGGUGUCAGGGAAGGAUCUGUUUGAUGCCUCUGUCUUCAAGUCUGAACACACUACAUCUCUCUUCUGCCAAAUGAUCGCCCGGUUGUCUGAGCUUUCCAAGGCUGCGGAACCCACACCAUUUCAUAGGCUGCUACAAUCUCUCGACGAUACAGGAAAAUUACUACGUGUAUACACGCAAAACAUCGACGCCAUCGAGACUAAAUGCGGCCUUUCCUUCGGAGUUCCCGAAUUCGAGGAGAAGAGGGCGAAAUCCGCGUAUAAACCAUCGCAUGUCGAAGAGCCAUGUAACUCACGCCUUCUGACUCCACCCAGGGAGACGCCAAGGUGCAUUCCUCUUCACGGAACUCUGCAGAUGAUCCAUUGUCAAAUAUGCAACCACUCCUUCCCUCUUGAUGACUACGUGACUUCGCUUCUUGCUGGGGUCCCUCCGCAUUGUCCAGAAUGUACAGCUUUGGAACGAACACGAGAGGUCAUCGGAAAACGAUCUCGUGGAAUUGGCAAGCUUCGUCCGAGUGUCGUGCUGUAUAACGAGGCACACAAAGACGGUGAAGGCGUGGGCGAGGUGGUCCGGAGAGAUUUAGUAGGAUCUUCAAAGGGAAAAGGUCGUAGCGGCGCGGACUUGUUACUUGUUGUUGGAACCAGUCUCAGGGUACCGGGGACGAAGAGGAUGGUGCGGGAGUUUUCCAAGGCAGUUCGUUGUCGGCAAUCAAGUCCAAUACCAAGCACCGAGGAAGAGCCAACAUUCAAGUCGAUAUACCUGAAUCUAGAUUUUCCGGUGCCAACACGAGAAUGGGAAGGCGUGUUUGAUACCUGGAUACAGGGCGACGCGCAAGAAUUUGCUGAAUUAGUGCAGGAGGAGCUGGAUAGGGAGGUUCAAGCGAAAGAAGCGAGCAAGAGGAGGAAGGAAGAGAAGCUAGCGAGUCCAAAAACUCCAUCGAAGAAGCGGAAAGCUGAAUCUGAGCCAUCGACACUGACGAAACGGCGAAAAACAGCAAAACCACCGACUCCCAAGUCGACUCCUCUGCGGAAACCCAGUUCAUUGAUACUACCUACACCCGUGACGCCUAUUAAGAAGAACAUCAUACGUAUUCCGCCACGUCCGCAUUGCGUCCCACCAAUGUCAUCAUCAACACGAGAAUUCUUCCCGUUCGGUCUUUCCACGCCAGCACAGACACCGCCUCGUCAUGCUAAACACGAUUCUGAGGAGCCAUAUUCGCCAACUCCUGCUUCCCGUGGUGUGAAGGCCGCGCGGGUUUCUGCCUCUCGCAAGAAACGGGACUAUGAAGAGCAGUUGGCCUUUAGUCGGACAUCUGUUCUGCCUCGCGCAACAUUCGAACCUGACUCAGUGCAGCCGAGUAUAUCUUCGGCAGCCCUUCACCCGUCACCAGACCCUGGUGGUCAGCAGCUGGCAGGGAUAGUUAGUUAAGUACGGACAGAGGGUAGUAUGGACAGCAGUUUGUACUGUACAUGUAUCUAUUCAUUAAUUUAUAUCUACAUUAACUCACUUCUAGUGUACACAUUUUGGCAACCAUAAUUUUAAACAAUCCUGCACAUCUUGUUC